UCUUAAAAUAUCCAAGGAAAGGAAAAAGCAAGUGAGAGAGAGAUAAACAUGUGAAUAUUAUCAUUUGUCUUUCGUCAGUUAAUUGAAUCAUUUAAUUUUUCUCUUGUGUUAAUUAUUGAGCAUUUUAAUUGUGAAUCCAAAAUGUAUAUCAAAUUUGCCUGUAAUAUUUCAACCAUGUUCACCGAUUUGCCGACACUCAAGGAAAGAUACGAAUACAUUUGUUUCAGAUCACCGAUACACUUUGACGCAGUUGAAUGUCAAGAUCCGUACAUUUUAUCAAUCGAUGAAUGGAGAGAAAUAUUUGAUUCAUGUUCCAAACGUGGAGCUAAAUUACCUACAUGGGAACUGAUUAAUUCCCCUGCUUUGUUCAACGUUUUCCCUGGUGAACAAGUUCCAACCUUUGAUGAAUAUAAACGAACCGUUCUUGAGAAGACACUUGAAUAUGCUAAAUUUCUGGGCUGUUCAAAGGUUCACCUAAUCCUUGGUGAUCUUUCCUGUAAACAGAAUAAUCCUGAUGAACUUAAUCCGAAUAGUGAAAAAAUUGUUAACCUUUUAUAUGAUUCAGUUCACUAUUUGGGCGAGGAAAAGAUUACCUGUCUAAUUGAACCGCUUUCACUUAAGGAGAGGGAAAAUUAUUACCUCAGAUCUUACAAAUUGGGCUAUCAAAUUGUCCAAAAUUGUAAACAUGAUAAUUUACGUCUCUUAACUGAUAUUUAUCAUCUUCAACGAUUAGAAGGAAAUUUAUCUGAAACAAUUAGGAAGUACAUGCCAUUAACUGGACACGUUCAAGUUUCUCAGGUUCCAUGGAGAGAUAAUCCUUUCAAUACUGGUGAGAUUGAUUAUCGUUACAUCUUGAAGAUAUUGAGAGAUGUUUAUUUCGGUUACAUUGGAUUAGAGUUUAAAUGUUCAACCUUAACGGAUUUAUCAUGGAUUUCAAGUUAUACCCGAUGAAUUAACGAUACGAUUAACACGAACCAUGGGGAACACAAAUGAAGAUACUGAAUGGAAAACAUCGCCAUUUUGUUCAUUUUUUUAUCUCUUUCUCUUUAUUAUUAUCUUUCUAAUUACAUAAUUAACUCAUUUAAGAAUUAAUAUUUACUCUGUUCAAGUGCCUUCACCGUUUGUCAUUUAUACCCAAUCUAAUCAAGAGAUUAGUAAAUUAGUUGAACAAAUAGAAAGUAAAAUCUUAGAAAAACAAUAAAAGUUUUAUGAACUUUGGA